AUGGAAAAACAGUCGGGCUGGGCUAACAACAGUAGUAGUAGCACACCGAUCGGGGAAGCAACGACAAAGAACGACGUCACUGCAGCAUCUGCCAGCAAGAAGGAAGGAGGCGUAACUAGCGCUGGUGUGGAUAUUACAAGCUCUGAAAAGCACACUCAUCCCGACAGUACUUCCGGGAACGGUGGUGCUUCACCCGUCCAGCUGGAACCCUCCGCGAGUGGUACCACCGACAGCCCAUCGUUGGGCCCAAAGUCCGAGGACAGCUUGAGCAUCAAAUCAUCCGACUCGGUAACGACGAGUGGUGAGUACGAGAUUGUCCCGGAAGCACCUUCUAUUGGGGAAGAUCUCGUCGACAGUGGUGUUACGACGUCGCAUAGCAAACAGCUGGGAAGCGAACCAAUUCGUAAUACCGAAGCGAAUGGCAAUCCUGGCGGUGACAUUGGAGCCGAUCUAGCCGAGUGCAUUGCGGACGACGGAGAGUUGGAAGGUAAGGAAGGAAAGGAGCAAGCGAAGAAACGAGCUGUGGGCAAAAAGCUGACGGCGAUCUCGCCGAUACUGAACAUCGAGGGAAACGGCAAUAUGAUGGAUCUGGAGAAGAACAUGAACGAGGUGAUACACGAGCUGGAAGAGGAGCGCACAUUGAGCGGAGCGAGCGAUCCGAGUUCUUCAAACAAAGCGACACCGGUUCGGAGUCCCGACAUGCUGAACACCGUCGAUCACAGCUCACAGAACCCACUUGGCGGUGACGGUGGGCCGAAGAAACCCCAAGUUCCAACCACACUCCGUCUUGGACUACAAAGUAUGCGGGCAAAUUUCACGAUCGGCGGUGAUGGUUCUACGGAUACCACGCCAAAUGCACUGCUGUCUCCCGAAGGCAUCGGCCGUGGUGUGGGACAGUCCGUGUUCUACGAUUGUCUGGACAGCAGUCCGCUGACGGAGAAGAAGGAUGAUAUGAAACCGGUGGGAAGUUGUGCUGGCGAAACCGACGAAGAAUUGUCCGAUAUCGAUCAGGACUGCACAAUAUUCAGCGGUGUCACGUAUCUCGGUGCGUCCCGGAUCAAUGCGCCCAAGUCGGAGCGAGAAAUUUUGCAGAAAGUUACCGAAAUGAAUGGUGGCGGUGAUGGUGGCUGCGGUGACGGUAGCUGUGCCGGGACCGGAUCCGACAGUCCGCUCGGCCUGAAGGUUUCCGUAAGCGUUCCCACCUGUUCCGAGGGGCUCGUUGUAUUGUACGAUUGUGAAUCGCAUGCGGUGGUAGCGACGUACGAGGUGCAGCGGAUACUGUUCUUUGCCCGCGGUCCGGUCGGUUCCACCGAUCAGGCCUGCUUUGCCUUCACCUGGUCCCAUGGGGAAUCACAGGAAACGGCCGUCCAUCAGUGCCAUGUGUUUCGCUGCAACAUCCCGGAAGCGGUCACGCAAGUCAGCACAUGCUUUGCCAAGGCUUUCCAACGAUUGCCACCUAGCAUACCUGCAAGCAUGACCACAUCGCUGGCAGAAAGCGGCGUAAACGUAAUGCUCGCCUCAGUCACAUCCGACACAGCCGGCAAUCCGAUCCAAUCGGCGACGUAUGAUUUUGCGGUGUCGCUCGAAAUUAAAGAGAAGGAACGGAACAGCAGCUACGUUACGGUGCCACGUGACGUCAAGUCCAGCUUUCGAUUGCGUUGCAAAACGGACAAGGAAGUAUGCAUUACCGUGCGCCAGGUACCGUCGGAUCGGUAUCCUUCCCUGCUGAUCGAGCGGUGCUUUGGAGUGCUGCUAAGCCCGGGUCGGAUUGUACGACAGGCCGAUAUGCAGCUGCUCGAUAUGGUCAGCAUGGGGUACGUGAAACCACUGGACGGUGGUAAUCCCUCCUCGAACGGUACGGGCAAUAGCAACAGUGGCGGUACUAACGCUACAUGCACUAGCAGCAGUAGCAGCGUUACCAGCCCUGCAAACUUCUCCCAACUUCCGUACCAGAUCAAGGCCGAAUGGAAAGCGAAUGCGUUCGAGCCGCUUAAUAUGGAAACCCCCAAGAUGGCACUCACCGUAGCCGUCGAUCUAGUCAUCAAGGGUAUUCAGGAACCGGUGCGAUUCGUAAUAGAAACGUCCGUUGCGAUACUGUCCCAGAGCGAGCUACGCAUCGUGUCGAACAUGUUCACUAACAAGCGACCGUUGCUGCUACACUUCUAUCUGACGCUGCGCGAAAAUGGUGAAGGCACCUGGGAGGUGGACGCGAUUAACCAUUCAGAUGAAAUAGUGGAACCGCAGGCAGCGUCUUCCACCUCAUCGUUGUCGUUGAAUUUCAACUUCCGAAACUGGACCUUCCGCAAUUCGGCCAGCGUUCAGUCGAUGCAGGACUUUGACGAUCCCAGCCCGACCGACUACAGCUCGGAUGGGGACGAACCGUUGCUCAGCGGAACGGGCGAAGUGUCGAAGAACUGUACCGCAGCCCAGCUGGACGAGUGGCAUAUCAUCAUACAAGAGUGGUACCAGGAGGGAAGUAGCCCGGAAAAGCGGCCCAAAAACCUACCCAACCUUGUGCGAAUGGGUAUACCGGAACCGCUGCGUGGGACGGUGUGGCAACGUUUGGCUUGUGUGGAAAAUCGCAAGGAAAUGUUCGACUCCUAUCGGGUGCUAAUCACGAAGGAAAGCAGCUGCGAAACCGUCAUCCAACGAGACAUCAAUCGUACGUUUCCGGCACACAAAUCGUUCAAGGAGAACGGUGGCACGGGCCAGGAGAAUCUGUACAAGGUGUCGAAAGCGUACGCCGUGUACGAUACGGAGGUGGGCUAUUGUCAAGGGUUAAGCUUCAUAGCGGCCAGUUUGCUGUUGCACAUGCCUGAGGAGGAAGCGUUCUGCGUGCUGGUAGCCCUGAUGUACAACUACGGUUUGCGCGAUAUGUACAAAAUGGGAUUCGAGUCGCUCUACCUGCGCCUGUACCAGCUGAACCGGCUCAUGAAGGAUCAGCUACCCGAUCUGUACGAGCAUUUCGUGCAAAUGGGUGUCGAGUCGCACAUGUUUGCCAGCCAGUGGUUUUUGACGCUGUUCACCGCCCGCUUUCCACUCUACUUUGUGUUCUACAUCCUGGAUGUGUUUCUGCUCGAUGGCAUACCGGUGCUGUUCCAGGUCGCCCUAACGCUGCUGAGCGUUUGCCGUAAGGAUCUGCUGGAGCUGGAUUUCGAGGGCAUCCUUAAGUACUUCCGCGUGACACUGCCGAAAAAGUGUCGCAGCGAAACGCAGGCCCAAAAGCUGAUGAAGCUUUCGUUCGAGUGUAAGGUGAAGAAGCUGAAGAAGUACGAGUUGGAAUAUCUGGCUAAAAAGGAAGAAACCGAACGGAAGGAACAGGAGCUGAAGCAGUACGAGCUACGGUAUGGGGAAGAACGAGCGAAGCUGCAGCAGGAAAUUGGGUUGCUGAAUGAAAAGAUUGAUGCGAUGGCACGCAAAGAUCGUAAGAACGCGGGUAUCAUACAGGAUUACAAGCAGAUUAUUCAACGGCAGGAAGCAGAGCAGGGCAAGCUUCACACCAUGCUUGACGAUCUGACGAAAACUAUUUCAACGUGCAGCAAAUGUACAGCCAGCAUACCACAAUCGUCUCCACUUCAUAAGAGCUACGGCAAGAACUUCCAGCAGGCGAACACCGUGAACAAUAAUAACGACCAACAAAUCCAUCCUCUGGUGGAUCAACCGGACGGUGGAAGUUCGACUGGAACGUCUGGUGGAGGCAAACAGUCCGGUGCUUCCGCUGUAAUAGGAGGUCUUGGACCGCUCGAUCCGUUGGUAAUUGCAUCGCAGCGAAUUCGCGAGUUAGAGCUAGAGCUGGCACAAACCAAACUCGCACAAGUUGAGGCAGAGUGUAAGAAUCAGGAUCUUCAUCACCAGCUAAACACAACCGUUACUGAGUUGCAAGCCACUCGGAGCAGCUGGCAACCGUGGCUGUCCAAGACGUUGAACUCGAUACAGGAGAAAGUGGUCACAAAGCGUGAAGUUAAUCCACCCGCUCCCACGUUCCAGUCCUACUCUUCUACGGAUGGGAAUAUAAAAAAUCACUCCAACACAUUGCCCCACGUGCGAAACAAUAACAAUAAGGCGACACUGGCACAACGGCACAGCCUUGCGCAGGUGAACUUUUCAAGCUCGGACUAUAGCUCGGCCAGCCCGGCUACAGACGCAGAUGGUAACGGUGAUCCACAGGUGCUUGCCAGAGCAAAGUACGACAGCAGCGUAAACAUACUGUACAAGGAUACACGGUGCAAUAGUCUGAAGUAG